AAUUCGGACGCAACAGAGAGAAGGAGAAAAUAAUGGUGAUAAAGACGAACGCGCGGUGGCGAUAGAAUAAACAUCGAAUUAUCAUCGAGAAUAUGCCAAUGUUUGCGAAUACAAAUGGUGUAUUGAUCAAAGUAUUCGCCUUAUUGCACUGGUCCUUCGCAUACAGUAAACUAGUCGUGGCACCGUCGCUGGCAGCUUAUUCUGCAACAACCGAACCGUACCGUACGACGUUGCCGAUGGAUUUCAACACGACUAGCGUCACCGUCGCCGCCGCCAUCGACUCCGACGAUACCGCAGCAGCAGCGGCAGGAUCAGGCGAAGACGAAUAUCCGUACCGAGAUAGCCGUUAUCUGCACAGUACCACUAAUAAUCACAACGAUAUGUACAGAUGGCACGGUAUUACUCAACCUCAACAGUUACAGCAACACCAACACCAACAGCGACUGCAACAACAACUCCAACAACAGCAGCAGCAGCAGCAAACAGCCUACAACGACUACGCUUAUUCGUCGGAUUACGCGAUGACAUCUCCGGCAGCGGUCGAGUCGCCGUCCAGCCAUGGAAUAUAUCCGUACUUCACGACGACGACGACGACGCAAAAACCAGUGCUGAGGCAUUUGAAAUUUCGACCGCGAAUCACCAAACUGCAAGUGAAACAAGUACGCCGAGGACCGACCAGCUUCAAGGAUAUGUUCACGGACAGCGACAGUUUCGAAGAACCGGAUACGGAUUUCGUACCGUUGGUUACGUUGUACGGGUCGCAGAUCAGCAGAUGGUCGACGAUGCCGACACAUCACGUUGGUCAGUACACUUACGGUAGCACGCAGCCGGGCAAGACUUAUCCGUCGUCGUUCGGUUCCACUUCAACAGGCGCCAGCGCCGCGACGUCGUUCGGCCAUAGCGGGCUUAGCUUCAGCGCCGGAUCUGGUUCCGCUUUGGAAGAUCUGCACGAGUCGGCGUCUCAUCAUCAUGUGCCAAUAUUUUCCGGCCAUCAUCAUAUGCAUCAUACGCCCCACACGCCCAAAUUCGAUAUGAAAAAAAUCGGUAUUCUGGCUCUAGUGAAAAUCGGCCUAGCUAAGCUCAAAGCGUUCGGUAUCCUCAAACUUAUAUUUCUGCUGUUACUGAAACUUAAACUAUUUUUAUUAGCGAUGUUUAUAAAAUUCGUGUUAUUUUUAAAAUUACUCAAAGUACUCAAAUCGUUGCUAGUUCCGCUCAUCGUGCUAGCUGCCUUGAUACCGUUGUUAUUGGCGUUGCUGGCGUUGCCUAUACUGCUGGCCGGUCUGGCACCGGCGCUGUACUCGUUGAUAACUAUGCUGCCUAUUAUACCGAUUUUCAAUAUUAGACCGCCGAAAGCGCGAGUACAAUUGAAUAAAGAUCAAGAAACCGAUUCCAGCGAUACUAUUUCGACGGUUUUCGAUCAACUGCUCAGCUCUACUCAAUGCGUUGAAAAAAUUGCUUGCCAAUUAGCAACGAAAAAAGAAGCAACUUUGUUCUUUCCUUUCGUAAACUGGUACUUACACAAAGUAGGCGACUGGUUACAAAAUGACAAGAUAUCCACGUACGUCGACGUAUACACGAAAACAGUCAAAGAAUACAAAGGUAAACACUCCGACGAAGACGGUGAACAGUGGUGUUCGACGAAAUACUUCUGCGAAAAAAAUGACGACGAUACGUCGAAAGAAUUGAAACACACGCCCGACAGAAGAGCAUUUUCCAAGAUUUUAGAUCCACCGCAAAAUUACACAGGAUAAGACGUGUUCGCGUACACUUACCUACCUGCAUGAUGCAUUUACACAGAUAACUCCAGCGCCAGCGGUGGUUUCAUUUUACUUAAAUUAUUAUCUUUCUCAAUUUGCUGCCAUUAAUGGGAAGGGUUAUUUUCUUCUUAGAAAUCUAAAACUAAGCGAAAUAAGUAUAGCUACGAAUAAACAAAACAAGUUAGGUAUAGUGAUAUCGAAGUAAAAUGUACAAAGCA